GAGCCCGCUCCGCUCCGCUCCGCACCCACCGCCCCGGCCGCCGCCGCACCGACACCGACACCGCCGCCGCGCCGCGGGGAGGCUUCUUCAUGGGCUGCCACCAUGCUUGGGCCCUGGAGAUUUCGGGCGAAGCUAGUUUUGCAGAACAUUGGGAAUAAGCGUUAUGUCAGAUAUGGAUGAGACUCCGAAGAUGAUCUGCAUGUUUUACAUUUUUCACAAAUUUUGGGAAAUAAAAUGUAUGCUUGCUGCUCUACAGUAACUUUGGAACAGGACCUCAACAAAAAAAUGCAUAUCUGGAUGCUGCAGACGAUCGCGUUUGCUUUAACAUCGCUAGUCCUUUCGUGGGCAGAAAGCAUCGAGUAUUAUGGGGAAAUCUGUGAUAAUGCAUGUCCUUGUGAGGAGAAGGACAGCAUCUUAACAGUGAGCUGUGAAAACAGAGGGAUCAUCAGCCUUUUUGAGAUCAGUCCACCAAGGUUCCCUGUCUACCACCUCUUGUUGUCUGGGAACCUUUUGAACAGGCUGUACCCAAACCAGUUUGUCAAUUACACCGGGGCUUCAAUUUUGCAUCUGGGGAGCAAUGACAUACAAGACAUUGAAACUGGGGCCUUUCAUGGUCUGAGAGGUUUAAGGAGGCUGCACUUGAACAAUAACAAGUUGGAACUUCUACGGGAUGACACUUUCCUUGGGCUAGAGAGUUUGGAAUACCUACAGGUCGACUAUAAUUAUAUUAGCAUCAUUGAACCCAAUGCCUUCAGCAAACUGCAUUUGCUGCAGGUGCUGAUUCUCAAUGAUAACCUCCUCUCCAGUUUGCCCAACAACCUUUUCCGUUUUGUGCCCUUAACUCACCUGGACCUGAGGGGUAACCGGCUGAAGCUGUUGCCCUAUAUGGGCCUCUUGCAGCACAUGGAUAAAGUGGUGGAGCUGCAGCUGGAGGAAAACCCCUGGAAUUGCUCUUGUGAGUUGAUUGCUCUAAAGGAUUGGCUGGACAGUAUCUCAUACUCUGCUCUGGUGGGAGAUGUAGUUUGCGAGACCCCUUUCCGCUUACAUGGUCGAGACUUGGAUGAAGUCUCCAAGCAGGAGCUUUGCCCCAGGAGGCUCAUCUCUGAUUAUGAAAUGAGACCUCAGACACCACUGAGCACCACAGGGUAUUUCCACACAACCCCAGCCUCGGUCAACUCCGUGGCUACUUCUUCUUCAGCUGUUUACAAAUCUCCCUUGAAGCCCCCCAAAGGGACCCGCCAACCCAACAAGCCAAGGGUGCGCCCCACCUCCCGCUUGCCCUCAAAAGACUUGGGAUACAGCAACUAUGGCCCCAGCAUUGCCUACCAGACCAAAUCCCCGGUGCCUUUGGAGUGCCCCACUGCCUGCACUUGCAACUUGCAGAUUUCUGACCUGGGCCUAAAUGUCAAUUGUCAGGAGAGGAAGAUUGAGAGCAUUUCUGAACUGCAGCCCAAACCCUAUAAUCCUAAGAAGAUGUAUCUGACGGAAAACUACAUUGCACUGGUCCGCAGGGCAGAUUUUGUGGAUGCCACCGGGCUGGAUUUGCUACAUCUGGGCAAUAAUCGGAUCUCGGUCAUUCAGGACCGGGCUUUUGGGGAUUUAACUAAUUUGCGAAGGCUGUACCUGAAUGGGAACCGGCUCGAGCGGCUGAGCCCAGAGCUGUUCUAUGGGCUGCAAAGCCUGCAGUACCUCUUCCUGCAGUACAAUGUCAUCCGGGAGAUAGAGGCAGGCACCUUUGAAUCUGUCCCCAACCUUCAGCUCUUGUUUUUGAACAACAAUCUGCUGAGGUCUUUGCCAGGGAACAUUUUUUCUGGUCUGUCUCUCUACAGGCUGAGCCUGCGGAGCAACCACUUCUCCUACCUGCCAGUGAGCGGGGUGCUGGACCAGCUGAAAUCCCUGCUGCAGAUCGACCUGCACGAGAACCCUUGGGACUGCACCUGCGACGUGGUGGGCAUGAAGCUGUGGCUGGAGCAGCUCAACACCGGUGUCCUGGUGGACCAGGUUAUCUGCGAGUCCCCUAAGAAGUUUGCCCAGAGCGACAUGCGGGCCGUCCGGGCGGAGCUGCUGUGCCCCGACUACUCGGAUAUCGUCGUCUCCACGCCCACGCCGUCCCCGGGCCAGCUGCCGGCCAGGACCACCCCCUCCUCCUCCACCGUGCGCCUCAAUGGCACGGCGGCGGCGGGCGGCUCCGCGCCCGCGGGCGGCGCCGGCGGCGGCACCUCCUCUGUGCCGCUCUCGGUGCUGAUCCUCAGCCUGCUGCUGGUCUUCAUCAUGUCCGUCUUCGUGGCGGCCGGGCUCUUCGUCCUGGUGAUGAAGCGGCGCAAGAAGGGCCAGGGUGACCACGCCAGCGCCAACAACUCCGACGUGAGCUCCUUCAACAUGCAGUACAGCGUCUACAGCGGCGGCCACCACCACCAUCACCACCCCCACCUGCAGCAGCACCCGCCCCACCGCGGCGGCGGGGGCGGCGGUGGCGGGGGCGCGGCGCUGCCCAAGGUGAAGACCCCCGCCGGCCACGUCUACGAGUACAUCCCGCACCCCCUGGGCCACAUGUGCAAAAACCCCAUCUACCGCUCCCGGGAGGGCAAUUCGGGCGAGGAUUACAAAGACCUUCACGAGCUCAAGGUCACCUACAGCAGCCACCCCCUGUCGCCCGGGGGGGGCGCGCCGCCGCCCCCACCGCCCCCUCCGCCGCCGGCGCCCGGCGGGGAGGACGCGCCCGGGCGCAGCCCCGCGUACAGCGUGAGCACCAUCGAGCCGCGGGAGGAGCUGCUCUCCCCAGUGCAAGACGCCGAUCGCUUUUACAGGGGCAUUUUGGAACCCGACAAACACUCCUCCUCCACGCUGGGCACUCCCGGCUCCACCCUCCCCGACUACCCCAAGCUCCCUGCCGCCUACACCUACUCCCCUAAUUAUGACCUUAGGCGUGCCCACCAGUACUUGCACCCGGGGCCGGGGGACAGUAGGCUCCGGGAGACGGUGCUCUACAGCCCCCCGAGUACUGUCUAUGUAGAGCCCAACAGGAACGAGUACCUGGAGCUAAAAGCAAAACUAAACGCAGAGCCGGACUACCUCGAAGUGCUGGAAAAACAGACCACAUUCAGCCAGUUCUGAGAAACAGCCUCCCUCCCCGUCCCCUCGGCAGUCUCAGCAGCUCCUUCUCUAGAGUAUUUGUAUUUAACAACCACACGCAAAACAAAGAAACGUAAAUGCUGACCUCCCACCUCGCCCCCCUUCUUUUUUCCCCCUUUAAUGCAUUUUAUUGUAGGGUGAAGUGCCUUGGCACAGGACUUUUCAGCUUCGGGGAAUGAUUCUGAAAGGGUGUGCUGUUCAGUUUAGUUUGUUCUUUUUUCUUUUACUGUAUUUGGAAGUCAGAAACCACCUGCUUUGUAAAAUGGGCACAACACUGGUGUUGUGCGGGUGUCCAUGUGUGCUUGGGGAAGGUGGCAGGAGGUUCCUGUCAGGUCAUGUUCAGGUCACAAGUACAAAAGUCACUAUUACUAUUUUUUUAUUAUUAUUUUUAUUUUUUUUUAACACAUUGGGUUUCUUUCUGGUUGAAGAGUACAGCGCACAUUUUCCCCUUUUAGCCAUGAGUGAGUCUAAAUGGCUUUUUUGGAGAGAUUAGCACACCUCGACUUUAAUACAAGGUUUCCUUUUUUUAAGGAUGUGUUUGUAUACUUUCUGGACUUUUGAAUUCAAAAAUAAUUAUGAUCUUUAAAAGGAUCGCUGUAGAUGUGGACAAAUCAUUAAAGAGUGCAGAGAUAUAUGAUCCAUAACUGGUUAGUGAAAAUAAUUUAUUGAUGAAAUAUAAAAAAAUAUUUUAUUGUAGCACCUAUUUUUAUAUGCACAUUAGCAUUUCUCUUUCCUUCACUAUUUUAGGGCCUAAUCCUACAAAUUCUUAACUCACUUCAGUGUCUCUACUUGUGAAAGAAGUCCCAGCUUAGGCCUUCAUCCUGCAGGCACUUAAGCACAUGAACUACUUUACCAAUGAGUGUAGUUUUCUAGACUCACUCAUUGAGCAAAGUUAGUCAAAAGCUGAAAAAAUUAGGAUAGAGGAGGCAGAACUAUUCUUACAAGUAAAACUACUGGAAUGUUUCAGUGUUUUUGUUUGUUUGUUUGUUUUAAAUUCAGGACGAGGUCCAAAGUCUCUGUAUUCCUUUAAAGUAUUGCACUACACUGAGAGCUUUUUUCCAAAUAUGAUGUAGAAUCAAAAGGACCUUUUAAAUCAUUAGAUAUAAUACCAGUUAUGACCAAAUCUUAACAGACAAUCUAAGAUGUGAAAUCCGAUCACAAUAGAAAAAAAUCACAUUUCUAUUUGAGAAUAUACCUUUUAGCAAGCUCCUGCUUAGGAGUCUGGUUGGGCAAACUAGUGAGGGAUAUGUAGAAGGCAUUCAUUUUAUCAGGAAAAAAAAAGUGUUUCAUUUCUGAUUUGUCAGUUUCAAUUCUUUUUUCAUUUUUGCUUUUGUAUUAGUUAACCAAAAUAUAAUGAUUUUGCAACUGUUGUAGCCAGUUUCUGAUUGUUUAGUCAAGUACAAUUGCACUUGUACAGAUCCACAUGUUUACUGGCAUCCUGAAAGACCAAAUGGUGGACUGUACACGUCUAUAUAAAAUGUCUUUCCCCUUUGGGCAGCAAGCAAUGGCAAGGAUAUUCAUAAACACAGCAUCACUGUAAGAGGGGACAACUGAUAUGUAUCCCAGCACAUGUGAUUUUUUAAUAGUUUCUGAAUAAACACUUGGUAAAUAUUUCAAAUGUAAGAUCCUGAAGUAAUGAGUAUUUGAACUUUAAAAUUUCUUGCCAAAAUAAUCUGGUUUUACAUUGGAUUCUCUUUACUAGCAAUUGUGGCUCAUCAAAAAGAUUUAAUGUUUCUAGGUAAAACAUAAUGUGUUCUCUGUUUUCAAAAUAUGGCGUGGUAAUUACCGGCGUACAUAACAUGGGUCAGAAAGCAACAUAGGGACAUGUGAUUCAACAACAUAUUGAAUAGGAUAGCUUUAUAUUUACAUUUUGUCUCCUUAUUGAAGUGUUCUUUAAUAUGUGGAAUAGGGUAAGUCAUAUUUCACGUGGGUUUUUUCCCUUCAUUAGGUUAUUAUAUAUUAUAUUGUUUGCAGAGUUGUUCCCUAGUAAAUCUUUUAUUGCAAAAGGGCUCUGUUCAAUUCUGCUUUUCUUACCCAUGUACAAUCUGUCACUUUCUACAAAAACAAAGCUAUAUAACUGGUCUGUUGGAAUUCAAGAUAAAUGUUUUCUUGGCAUGUGUUCUCUCUAUGCCACCCACAUUGAGCAAAAGCAAAAAAAAAAAAAAAAGAAGAAAAACCAACCAGCAAGCAUGACUGUAUUUAGUUUGGACAGUUUAGUACGUGGAGUGUUAUUUCAGUUUGAAACACAGAGAUGAGGAGUGUUCUUUUGUCACAAGAGACACAACACAUGGCUAUUCUGUUCACUGCUCGCCGUCUCCUGCAGACUUCCCUAUUAACACUAGUGAGAGAUGUGUGUGUUCCUGCCUGAGGUGCAGUUUUGGAGCCCUAAUUUUGAAUUACUGCCUUUAUAACUAUUGCUGAAACCAGUGGUCUGGUUCUCCCAUUUAAACUCAGUAGAGGCACACUGUUGUUAAAUGGGUAUUAAGCAAGAAAAUUUUCAGCCUUGCUGACUUUGUCAGAGAGAAAUUAACUCAGUAAGGAUUGAAUAAGUUCCUGCAAACUUUGUCUGUUCAUGUGCAUAUAUAUGUUUUCUGUAUGAUUCUAAACUCAUAAACAUAAGUUUGCAUAGGUGUCAAUACAAACAUAGGAUUAGGUCCUUAAUGUGAAAGGUACAUUUUGCAUGGCAUGCUGCCACAAAGAGGCAGCAUCCACAAAUGAGUAAAUGAGCAGGAAUUACUUGAUUUGUAAUAGUUGACAGAAAUGCCUUGGCAUUCUGUUUAUGCUUACAUUCUGAUGUUGCCUUUUCUGAGGUUGAUAUUACUGCUGCUUCCAUGUGUUCCACAUGCAUUUAAUAACUGGUAAUGAAGAAUUUUUCUAAUCAUCUACAUUGCAAUCAGAACAAUUAAUUUAAAUUUUUUCAGCUUCCUAUCUUCAGUAGAAAAAAAAAAUUGUUGCUUCCGUUAAUGGAGAAAAAAAUUAAAUUACAUCAGUUACCUACAGAAAGUGCAUUCCUGAAGAUAAAUCCUUAAAAAAGGAUACAGAGUGAAAAAUAAUAUUCUUUAGUCUGUUAACAUCCUGAAGCAUAUCUGAAAGGGCUAUUUGUGAAUGAGGACUUCAAUGGAAGUAGAAAUUCCCACACACUGGCUACAAUGAUAUAUCCUAUUUGGAUAAUUAUUGAAAGAAGUAGACAUAAGAAAUAGGAAGGGAAUAGACAUAGACAAAGGUAGAUAUGCCUCUGAUUUGAAAAUAGGAUAAUUUGUUUGAAGAAAAAAUGUUUCUGUAAGAAUACGGUCUUUGUUUUGUUAGCAAGAUCAGUGAAACCGUCUACAUGAUGAUCUGCUCAGUUAGUGCUGACCAAAGGGGUAAUACUGCAAGACAAAAAAAUCCACACUAUUUUGAGAAUUCAGUAUAUUAUUUUAGGUUGGUUAUCAGACUGGUUUAGAUUGGUAAUUAGAGUGACUUUUCCGCUUUUUUCUUUAUUUUUUGUCCUUUGACAAGUAAUGUUGAGCAUGCAUGCUGAAUCACUCAUAUGGCUUCACAUUUUAUUUCAAAAGUACAUGCAAUUCUGUGGUAAAAGAACAAAAAAAGGUAGAAGAGAAUCCUGAUUUCUCAGUGUAAUUACUGGAAACAAAACAUAAAUUGUGAUAAUAUAAAACAUAUAUAUUUAUUAGGUAAAAGAAAUAUUUUUUACCUUUUUUUCCCAUAUCAAGCCAAUUCAAUGUCUUAAAUACAAAUAGUGAGUUUAGGAGUGAGAACUUUUUCCUUUCCUUUUCCUUUCCCUUCCCUUUCCCUCCCCUUCCCCUUCUUCUUCUUCUUCCCCCUUCCCUCCCCUCCCCUUUUCUUCAACUUAAUCCCAGAAGAUAUACUCUGUAAUUCCUAGACAUUCUUAUGCACUGCUUGAAACACCAGAUUAAAAGUCUGAUAUAAAUGCAUCUUACACUUCUAUAGUUCUAAAACCCAAAUUUUUACAUUUUUUUUUUAUAUUUACCAUCCACUAUUUUAAUGGUCAGUUAAGGUUGUGAAAACAUGUUCAAUUGAUUCUUUAUACUGCAGUAUUUAGUUUCUGAAUGUUUUCCUGUGUUUUGGUUUUUUAUGAAGUUUAUAUCUUAAGAGUAUUCUUUUUAGGAAACAGAUACAGUGGUACCUUUUUCACAUAAUAAGUUAAUUAUUAAAGUAAUACAAAAAUGGUAAAAUAUCAUAAAAGUGAGCUUAUGACCCAUAGUAAACACAUUUUAGAAAAUAUAUCUGGAAAGGCAGGAAUAGCUAAUUGUAGUUGAUUGAAAAUAUGAAGGCAAGAUCCUGGUUCUGUAGGUUCUUUAGACCUCUGUUUAGCUGGAGCUAAAAUGUCUGACCAGCAUGUUGUUUCUUACAGAAACUUGAGAGUCUGUUUAAUGCAUAUGGUUCCCUCUCAGGGGGCAGAGUCCAUUAAAGCACUAUAUCCUGAAGGACAGGGUAAACAAGAGCUCCUUCGUUUUUAGAGGGCAGGUUCUUUAUAUUGCUCAGUGUCUCCAGGGAAUCUGAAUAGCCUUUCAUUUGAUUAAAGACUGGCAUACUGAAAUGCAGCGUCUCCAAACCAGAGAAGGAGGCGGAAAUCUUUUGCUGUCUUAUGCAGAACUGAGAACACUACUGAUGGUACUGGCAUUAAACAAGAAGAAUGGGGAGAGAAGGGAGAGUGAAUGGCAGACACAAUUCCAUAGCUGUCAACCUUCAAACAGUCUUCACAUUUCUAUUGAUUAUUUCAUUGUAGGGAACUUGUACCUCCUCUCUGCAGCAUCUACUUAACUCUGGAAAAUGUAGGACCUGAAGCUAAGUAGUGACAAGAGGAUGGAGGAGUUGAUGAGUGAGGUGUUUCUGUGAGAGAAGACAGCAGGAUAGCAGCCCUCUGAAUGGGGCAGCCAUAUUAUUUGUUUUUCCCAACCUUUCUAAGACGCUUUGCAAUGUGCUCUGAUGAAAUAAGGACACAUAGCUCUCCUUAAAGUUCAUCAAUACUGCCUUACAGAUUUGUGAUUAUCCAUCUGUCUGUAAAUGCUAUCCUAAUAUCACAAGUUUUUACAAUAGUUUUUUUUCCCCUGUUCAUUAUUUAGCUACAUUUCAGAGUAGCUAGCAGUAUGAUGAUGCUCCAGAAAUGCUAAGCACAGUUAUGCUUUAGAAUAAUUGUUUAUUCUUAAAACACUGAACAGAACAGUUAGGACACAAAAAAAGAGGCACAUUUAGGUACUAGGAACAAGAGGCAGUUAAUUGAAUAUCAAAGAAGCAAAGUGUAAUGAAGUUUGUAAUUAAAUGGCUAUCAAAUUAACUAUUUAACUUACAGCUAAUGGGCCACAUUUUGCUUCUUGUUGUGUAAGUACAAAACUGGAUUCCAUUGACUUAAGGAAGUUACAAAACAUUUGCCUUGCUCUUGCAAGUUUGGCUUUUUGUCAUUGAAAUAAGCCAUUUUCUUAGUAUUUCUCUUUUGUAAAGUGAAAAAUUCGAAUACAGUAAUGGUAAACAUUUGUAGUUCUAUGUACUUAAAAAAUGAAUCACAUCUAUUUCCAAUCUGCUGACAUAUUAACUGAACAUUGCUGUAAUAUAACACUGCAAAAUUUAUACUUGGACCCGCAUUGUCCUGAUUAUAUGGGAAGUCCAUAUAAUCCACAUGUAUAGAUGUGGUUCUUCAGAAUGAUGGACUUUAUGAACCGACAGCAUACCUCUAUUUAAUUCUGUGGACUUGGUCCUAAAACCUUGAAUUAGAUUAAAUACCUAUUAAUAAAAAUUAUAACCUUUGUGGUGUUUUUGCCAUGGAAGAUGUAACUACUUUUACUGCGAUUUUGCAGGCUUAUAUUUACAGUAUUUUUAAAUUUUGCAGUAAACUAUAGACCAUGUCAAACAUAAAUGAUUUUUUCUGGUUGGAUACAUGAUUACUAUUGUAUAUCAUGACAUGGUUCUGGAUGACCUUCCAAAAAGGUCUAGAGUGGGAUAAGAUAAAAAGUUGAAAUAAUAUUUGUCUAGUUCAGUAUUUCAUGUAAUAAAACAUUUUCUUCUCAUGA